GAGCUUUUCACUGUGCCAUAUGGAAAACCGAAUACGGGAGGGAAACUUUUGAAAACAUGAAUUAUUAUGUGGCUGAAACUUCGCACAUGUGUUCUUGAAAUUUGUAUAUUUGGGACUGUUGGGAGUAGUACACCCUUUGAUCAGACUUCAUGAAGCUACGAAAAGCCAUCCAGUGUUGUUACUAAACAUAUAUUACCUCAGCGUGACUCAAUUCCCACACUGCUUUAGAAAAACAAGCACAUUCUGGAUGAGGAUGCCGGGCCUAAACGAGGGGGCGCGGAGACGUCUGGAUUUGACCUCCUCUCGUGAAGUCAGGGGGGUAGAGGUUGUUCGAGGACGGGUCGGAUACGGGUUUACAUUAGCAGGUCAAGGCCCGUGCCUGCUGAGUGGUAUAUUGGAGGGAAGCCCUGCAGACCAGGUUGGGCUGAAGCGGGGGGAUCGUAUAGUGAGCGUCAAUGGCACAGACGUGGCAAUGGCAUCCCAUGAGGCAGUGGUGCAGUUGAUUGGCACUUGUAAAGGACCCUUGCGUUUGGUGGUGCUUGUCGGGCCCGGGCCUGUGGUUAGCCCUUCCUCCGGCGACCAGAAAUUGGGGAUUUGUAGAACAGAAGGAAAGGGGGUAGAUUUCCGCGCGGUUUCGGACCAUUCCGGCGGCUCUUUGUGUCAUUUUUUCAGUGCCACCCCAGCUAAACUGCGGCCGGUGUCAGAACCGGACAUGUCCCACUGGACACGACUGGUGCCCGAAACCCAAAUUGGCGUCCUGUCUGCGGAGGAAAUGUCCGAAGUGGCCGGCAAAGUCUCUGUUUUCAGUGAACAGAUUGACCUGAAUCCAGACUGGACCGCUCUGAACACGGCCAUGGUGGUGGGCUACCUGGGCUCCACUGAGCUAAUAUUGGCCUUGUCAAGCCUGGGCUCAGAGGAGAAUUGCCUGCGGGUGAUCCGCGGCUGCAUCAAACAGAUGGGGACUGAGCAGGAGACCCACACGCUAGUGAUGAUGAGGACCAUGUUGGACUGCGUCCGCCUCUGUGAUGACGCCGGGGCUGUCCUGGCCGCUUUCCCUGCCGAGAACCUCGUCCUUGGCGUGGUGUGUGCGGAAGACAGGCGUUUCUUUUGCCUGGUAACCACCGCGCACACCCCCGAGGGCCCUGCCGGUCGGACUGGGCCCCUCAGGAGCUCGUGCCACGUGUUCUUCAUUGACCCGGACCUGUGCCUUCAUGGUGACCACCUUGACAUCGCUGGGCGUUUCGGCUUCGACUGUACCCCGGACCCAGACACCCAGGGCUGCCUGGAGUUCCCCCCCUCCCCCCCCUCUGUCCUGCAGUUUGUGUCUGUGCUGUACUGUGACAUGGGAGAGGACGUGGAGAGGCUUAGGACCAGGCUAGACAGAGAGUCGGCCCAUCACCUCCAGAGGAGUGCCUGCGGGAAAGGCAGUGCUGGCAGCAACGGGGACAGUGGGAUCGGUAACUCCACCCCCCCUGAGGAGAGAGCGGACAGGGAUUUCCCCGUCGCCCGUGGAAACGACCCCGGGGGCCACCUCCCCAGCUGUCCAUGGGAGGAUUACCCCCCGGCUGAGGGAGAGCUCGCCCGAUCUGCACCGCCCCAAAAUGGCCGCCUCAACCUAAAUGGCCACCCUAAUCCGGGGAGCACACAUUCCCUUUCCGAGUCGUUACCGGGCCCAGCGUUGUUGGCUGGCCCAUCCGGAGGCCCUCCGCCCAGGCUGGAGUUUCAGUUCAAGCCCCCGCCCCCACCGUACCAGCUGUCUAAAAGCCAGAAUCUAACAGGAGGAGGCCCGUUCAGAAGCAGCCAGCGCUGGUUCUCAAUGAGCGUCAAGCAGAGGUGGCCUAGGGGCCGUCAUGGAGAGCCAGAGGGCCAUGCAACAUCGGCUACUCACAGCUGGUCAGGACCAUCUCCGGUGGGUAGCACAAAUGCCCUGCCACCCCCCAUGGGCCAGAUCCCAGUGGAAAGGUACCAGGCAACAGAGGCCAUGGCUAUGAUGUCGUUGCCUCAGAGGGAGGAAUGGGCCGGUCGACACUGGAGAGCUGACUCUGGAGAACUGCUGAAUGGACAGCCUAGUAAAGAUGUCAAUACCAAGGGCUCCAAGUUCUGGGGCAUGGGCGCAGGGCGCUCGUCUGGCCGCCGCUUCUCUGGCCGCCGCUCAUUCCGACACUCCAAGAGGCUCAGUGUGGCAAGAUCACUGGACGACCUGGAGUCGGCUGCUUCCUCAGAGGCCGACUAUGGUGGUGGUGUGCAGCUCCAGGGCUGCUGCAGUCAAAGCAGCCUGAAUAGCACCGGCAGUCUGGCGGGCUCCAGCAGCCAGCGGAGGCUGUCAGAUCGCCGGGUGGCCAGCUGGGCGGCCUGUUUUGAGCGGCUGCUCCAGGACCCCAUCGGCGUUCGCUACUUCUCUGAAUUCCUCAAGAAGGAAUUCAGUGAGGAGAAUAUCUUGUUCUGGCAGGCCUGUGAAUACUUCAGUCACGUACCUGCAACGGACAAAAAGCAGCUGUCCCAGCGUGCGGGGGAGAUCUACAACAGCUUCCUGUCCACCAAGGCCACCACGCCGGUCAACAUUGACAGUCAGGCCCAGCUGGCCGAUGACGUCCUCACCUCCCCAUGUCCAAACAUGUUCAAAGCUCAGCAGCUACAGAUCUUCAACCUGAUGAAGUUCGACAGCUACUCCAGGUUCCUCAAAUCUGGUCUGUACCAGGAGUGCAUGCUGGCAGAGGUGGAGGGACGACCUCUGCCCGACCCCUACCAGAUACCCUGUAGCCCCGCCCCUUCCAAGCACAGUGGUAGCUCUGGCCACUCCUCCCUCUCCACGCCCAAAAAGGUACAAUACAAGGAGGCCAGGAAGCAGAGGUCAGGGAAGUCCCUUAACGAGGAGCACGGAGAGGAGCACGACGAGCAUAAGAAACGGGGCAUCUUCUCCUCUUGGUCCCGGAACCGGAGCUUUGGGAAGGGCCCCAAGAAAAAGGACAUCGGAGAAAUCAACCUUGAUUUCUCCGGCAGCAACGGUCGGAGGGCAUCCCAGGGAUCCGUGUCCUCCGGUGCCAGUAUGGAGCUAGCCACUUCCUGUUCAGCGGGCAAGACGGAGGGAGACCAUCGCCACUCGGCGUGGGAGAGGGGGAGGGAGGGCCCUGCCAAGCAGUGCAACAUGAUGCUCCCGGACGGCUCCUGCGCCUCCGUCACUCUGCGGCCCGGGGCCACCAUCAGGGAACUCCUCCGGGACCUGUGUCAGAGCGUCUGCAUAAACAUGGCCGCCGUUGACCUCUUCCUGGUGGGAGGGGAGAAGCCGUUGGUGCUGGAUCAAGACUGCAUGACCCUAAGCGCACGGGACCUCCGAAUGGAAAAGCGCACCCUGUUCAGGUUGGACCUGGUACCCAUUAAUCGGUCUGUGGGCUUGAAGGCCAAACCCACCAAACCAGUCACCGAGGUCCUGCGUCCCGUCGUGGCCAAAUACGGUCUCCACCUAAACGAUCUGGUCGCCAAAAUAAGCGGCAGAACGGAGCCUCUAGACCUGGGGGCUCCCAUAUCCAGCCUGGACGGCCUGCGCGUGGUACUGGAGAGAGCCGAGACAGCUGCCUCAGGGAAAGACUCCAAGUCCAAGUCAGCCUCCUUGAAGGGACACCCUGCCUCCUUGACCAGCAGGAGCCCUUCUGCCACAGGAGACGACAGGUCGUCAGGGAAGGCGAGCGGACCGGACCCGUCCCUCCCUACGGAAAAGAGAAAACCGAAAAAGAUUAAUAUAGACGAAGCCGAAGAAUUCUUUGAGCUCCUGAGCCGAGCACAGAGCAGCCGGAAGAAUGACCAGAGAGGACUCCUGAACAAAGAGGACCUGGAGUUACCUGACUUCCUGCGGUUGACCCCCUCCUCCACGGCCACCCUAGACGCGGCCUGCUCCACCCCCACCUCCGUCAGUCAGGGCCCCGGGGCAGGCCGGGAGAAGACGGCGGGCAGCGCCCCCGGCCGCGCCCACCCCCUCAGCGCCAGCCUGCGCUCCGAGAGCCUGGACUCCUCCCUCGGCAGCGCCAACGGACACUCCUACUCCGCUGCCGGGCGCCGAGCACUGCUGCCCCCGCCCCGCCACACCGCCCCCCUGUUCGGCUCUGCCCUCUCGCCCAUCCCCCGCCCCUCGGAAGCUAGAGGCCCGGGACUCAGGACGCUGGAGGAAGACUCUCCGGCGGACCUGACCCUGGUGGGCGAGGGGGACAUCACCAGCCCCAACUGCACCCUUCUACCCCCCUCCCCCACGCUGCUCCCCCACGAGGGCAGUCUGCCCAAGGCCAACUUCACCCCUCCUCCCCCCUGCGCCCAUCCCUCCCAGGACGGAUGUGGGAACGGCCAGUCCAGCUCAGAGAGAAGAAAAAGAGCAAGCGCUUCUGACCACUCCCACAAGAGGGCGCCAUGUCUUGGGGCCUUGGGCUCUCAGCCAGCUGUACAGGAGUUGAUGGAUAUGGAGGGAGUGUGUCUGGAGGAGGGGGACAAGGUGGGAGAGGUCACCAUUAUCCAGGGAGAAGACUCCGAGCUCAGUCUCAGUUUCCAAGGGUACGUCUCAGAGCUCCGGCAAUGCCAGAGCCGUAUGAAGACCUCGCUGGCACCCGGCAAUACCCACGACCAAUCAGACGAGAGCAAAGGCUCCAAGACCAAUGCCCACGACCAAUCAGAUGAGAGUAAAGACUCCAAGACUGACACAUACAAGGCCACAAUGGUGUGAGCUUGAGCAACCUUCACCAGCACUUUCCAAGCUUUAGUCACUGUUCAAACAGUUACUUACUGGACAAAUAAGGAACUUAUCCUGUAAAAAUGUGUUAAUUUUAAUUCCAGAACUUAUAUGUAUAAUAAUUGUUUUGGUGAUAGCUAUUGUGUUCUGAAACAUGACUAUACCAUUCUCUGGUGUGUUAAGCGGGUAAACAUUUUCAAGAAGUGAUGAACAAUUCUGUAAUAUACUACUGUUUGGGGAUUUUAAUCAGGGAGUACCUCGAGACUGAAGUCAAUGGUACUGCAAAUCAGCGGCUGAAGCAUAUGGCCUCUUUCAAGUAGACUGAAGGAUGGGAUUAAGGCUACACAUUGUAGGAAUGCUCUCGUGUGUGUUUUAAUGUACUAUUAUGGUUUCAUUAUGAACAAAAUGUGAUGUCGUAUGUCUGUAAAUCUGAUCUGUGUUGGUCUGGCUUCAUGUUCGGUUAUUCAAAUUACAAUAAACAUUCCUACCUUUAUAAUUCCAA